CAAAGCGCUACCAGCUCCAGCCGAGGGAGAUGCUGCGUGUCCAAAGUUGCUUCCCAGUGGGCUCAAGGAGACCAGGCAGGGUGGAAUUGUCCAUGACCCAGAUGUUUUCAUGCUGGCUGAUGUUGCUGCCCGUACCUCCCAGACAGGCAACAGGAGCAGAUGACGUGAGGGAGUCAGAAGAAUGAAGGGGGUUGCAUUUCCUAGAGCUUCUUCCUAUGCUGAGUGGACUCUGAAGCAAACCUGACGAUGGACAAGAGACAGGAUCCUUUGGUCAUGACUGUCCAUCUCCUGGCCAACUUUGGAUAUGCCCUGCCUUUGCAGCAAACCCUUGACCGCCUCUUGGAGUGGAUUUGCCCAGAAGUCCAUCUAUUUCUGGUGUCAGAGAGAGUGACUCCAGUGAAAUACUAUGAAAGAAACCAUUCCAAGCGGUCUGGGUUCCCAGGGAUUUCUGUUUUGCUCUUCUUGCAUGAAGACUGUGGGGAAGAGCGGUUCUUUCACAUCUAUGACUCCUUCCAACAGCCACCGUGGCAGUCUCAUCCCACACAGAAUGAGGGUGGAAAGCUGUGCCCAUACACACUUACCAAGCAGGAUUUCUACAGCCUAGAUCCACACAUGCCCGUGUGGGGGGUGAGACAGGCACGCUAUGGCAGUGAGAUCCUUCAGGUGACCUUAUAUUGUAGCUUUGAUAACUAUGAAGAUGCAGUCAGACUUUAUGAAAUGAUCUUACAGAAGGAAGCCGUCACCCAGAAGAACAACUUUUCCUUCUUUGUACUGUAUUCAAAGAAAAACUUUUCAAUCCAGCUCUCUUUGAAGCAACUUCCCCUAGGAAUGUCUGUGGAACUCAAAGAGUCUUCCGUGCUACAGUUCAAAGUUCAAGAAAUCGGCCAGUUAGUACCACUUCUGCCAAAUCCCUGCAUUCCUAUCAGCAGCACCAGGUGGCAAACUCAGGAUUAUGAUGGGAACAAAAUUCUCCUACAGGUCCAAACAAACCCAGGACCAGGCGAAAACAAGGGUGAGCUUUCCUCUAAGCACGGCCACACGGGAGCCGACACCCCUCUCCAAGACUCCGACCAAACUCUAGUCUCUGCCCAAAGGACCACAGAACAAAGAAGUCGGAGAAGUCAAACCGGGAGGUCAAAGCACAACCCCCCAGAGCCUCUUGACCUGAGAGUGGGCGCUUUGCCAUCCAGAAGCUCCUGUAGGGCUCCCUGGACUGGCUCUUGUUCAUCCCACUCUAGCAGCACAUCAGCAACUUCCCAGUGGGGUAGACCCUCUCUCCAUCUGGAAUCGACUGCCAGAAUCAAAACACGCCAGCAAGGAAACAGUUUUCAGAAGCCUGGGGCAGAGACUAAUGUUGAUACAGGGUUCACAGUAAUCGAUUCAGAACAGAGGCAAUCUUCUCUGAGAACAUUUCCAAGGGAUUUGCAAAGCAGCCUGCCUGCAUCGUGGACGCCAAACUCUUUGUUAGCCAUAACUGGCUCAAGAAAUAAGCCCUCCGAGGAGACAGUCCACCCCUUGCCAUCUACUGGCCAAAGGGACAGUGGUGCAGGGCGGAUAACCCCAGCAUUUCACUUGCCACAAAUACCCCAUGGAAAUGACAAAGAAGAAUUCUUUAUAUGAUGGGAAACAAAUGCCAGUUGCAGACACUGAAUCAAAUCCAUUGUUCCGGAGACUGAGCCCAAACUAGCCAGCUUCUCUUGAACAUCUGGAGAUGUCUGGGUAUCCCUCAAGCCUACACCUAUGUGUCUUUAAUUAAAAAAAAAAAAAAACCUGUUCCAAAGAAACAAUGGACUGGUUUGGAUGUUUAACUUCCUUUGUAAGAGAUUAUAGCCAAAAGCACAAGGAAAAAGGAUAACCACUGUUUUUCCCCAGGAUGUGUACACACAAUUUGAAUCAGUUGUUUAGUGAGUCUCAGGUCAUUUGUGUUGUGUGCUUAU